CAGCACUUUGUGGAGGUAUCCAUGUCUGAGGAGUUCCUGGCCCUUCGGCCAGAGGAGGUGCUUGAGCUUGUGGGCUGCGAUGAGCUCAAUGUCCAAGCAGAGGAGCAGGUGUUUGAGGCCGUACUUGCUUGGGUACGUCAUUCACGUGAAGAGCGGGAGUCACGGUUACCAGAGUUAAUGUCUAAAACCCGACUGCCUCUAUGUCGACCUCAGUUCCUUGCUGACCGAGUCCAACAAGAUGAGCUCGUACGCUGCUGCCACAAAUGCAGGCAAGUUUCUCAGAUAAGUUUCUUUCUGAGAUAACUUAUGCCCCAUAAUUGGACCUUUUGGCAAAACACACUUUUUUGAAUCCAAAAUAUGGCACUAUGUGAUUUUUGCAUAGAAAAUUUAUUUUUCAAC